AUGGACCGCCAGAAUGUACCAGUGGUGAUGGACCGCCAGAAUGUACCAGUGGUGAUGGACCGCAUGAAUGUACCAGUGGUGAUGGACCGCCAGAAUGUUGAUGUCGACCUACAUCAACAGGUUGAUGUCGACCUACAUCAACAGGUUGAUGUCGACCUACAUCAACAGGUUGAUGUCGACCUACAUCAACAGGUUGAUGUCGACCUACAUCAACAGGUUGAUGUCGACCUACACCAACAGGUUGAUGUCGACCUACAUCAACAGGUUGAUGUCGACCUACACCAACAGGUUGAUGUCGACCUACAUCAACAGGUUGAUGUCGACCUACAUCAACAGGUUGAUGUCGACCUACACCAACAGGUUGAUGUCGACCUACAUCAACAGGUUGAUGUCGACCUACAUCAACAGGUUGAUGUCGACCUACAUCAACAGGUUGAUGUCGACCUACAUCAACAGGUUGAUGUCGACCUACAUCAACAGGUUGAUGUCGACCUACAUCAACAGGUUGAUGUCGACCUACAUCAACAGGUUGAUGUCGACCUACAUCAACAGGUUGAUGUCGACCUACAUCAACAGGUUGAUGUCGACCUACAUCAACAGGUUGAUGUCGACCUACAUCAACAGGCAUUAUAG